AUGACAACCGCCGAACCCCCACCAUCAUCAACCUAUACCCCUCCACCCCCCUUCAACACAUCUACAACGCCAUUAAUCCCAAUUUACCAAGGCGCCGAAGCCCACCUAUACAAAACAACCUUUUUGACACCUUCAACGCCCGCCGCGCUUAAAAUUCGCCCCUCAAAACCCUACCGACACCCGAUCCUCGACCGCCGCCUGACCCGUGCUCGCAUCCUGCAGGAGGCGCGGUGCCUGCAUAAACUCGUCAAGGAGGGCGUUAGUGUUCCGGCUGUGCUGGGGCUGGACUGGGAGUUUGCUGUCGCUGCCAACAAUGAGGGGGCUGCUAAUGGGAAUGGAGGGAGCUGGCUUGUUAUGGAGUGGGUGGAGGGGGAGGUCGUCAGGGUUAUUUUAGAGAGGUGGGAGAGGUAUGUGAAGGGUCUUGCGAGGGAGAGUGGGAGCCAGGAGAUUCCGGAGGGGGAGGGCGAGAAGGUCCGUGGGUUGCUGAGGAGGAUUGGGGCUGCCGUGGGGAGUUUGCAUAAGGCUGGGGUUAUACAUGGGGAUUUGACGACGAGUAAUCUUAUGGUGAGGCCAUUCUCACCUGCUGCUGCGAAUGGGUCAGAGGAGGAGCAGUCGUCGCCGUCUAUGGAGGGAGAGAUUGUCAUGAUCGACUUUGGGCUUGCGAGUCAGAGUGUUCAGGAUGAGGACCGCGCGGUGGAUCUUUACGUGCUCGAGCGGGCGUUUGGAAGCUCGCACCCGCGGACGGAGAAGUUCUUCGAGGAGGUGCUUGUUGGUUAUCGAGAGAGCUACAAGGGGGCUGGGCCGGCGUUGAAGCGGUUGGAGGAUGUGCGCAUGAGAGGACGAAAGAGGAGUAUGAUCGGAUAA